UUCCAGUCCAGCUCUCUGCUGUGGCCUGGGAGGGCAGUGGAGGAUGGCCCAAGUCCUUGGGCCCCUGCACCUUCACGGAGACCAGAAGCACCUGGCUCCUGGCUUCAGAUCGGCGUAGCUCUGGCCAUAGAGGCCAUUUGGGGAGUGAACCAAUGGAAGGAAGUCCUUUCUCUCUGUCUCUGUCUCUCACUGUCUGUAACUCUGUCAAAUAAUAAAAAAAAAAAAAACUUAAAGGAAAAGAGGAUUUCUACCAAGGAGAACUUAGCAAUGAAUUAUUUUAAGACUGGUGUUUGAUGAGGUCUUCCAGGAACUGACAGCUCCUUUAUGGUCAGAGCAUAUUAGCACAGCACUGACGGAUCUCUCUGUGAAAGACUUUCAUUGGUUUGAAAAUAAACCUGCCCCCUUCCCUUCUGUGCCUGCCCUUUAGAGCAAGGCUGUCACUCCAUCCUCAGAACUCCUUCAUGUUCUUACAGUGUCCAUUCCAACUAGCUCCUGGCAAUGCUAACCCCAUGGGUUUUCCUUGUGUCUUUGGCUUGGGUUUGUGGAGACACCAAUGUGAGACUAACUCAAAGUCACCUCUCCUUUACUGGAAAGUCAGGCAGAACAGUGCAGAUAAGUUGCAAGCUCUCUGGAGUCUCCCUCAAAAAUGUCAUCAUGCACUGGUAUCAACAAAAAGAAGGGGAGCCCCUGAAACGGAUCCUUUAUGGCUUUGGCAAGAAUUACAAACAAGACAUGCCCAAUUCCCGCUUGGAGGCCCGUGAUAACGAUAGGGGCAUAUUUUACCUGGUCAUCAACAAUGUCAUCGAGUCAGAUGAAGCCACAUACUACUGUGCCUGCUGGGACCCCACAGUGCCUCAGAGUCAGAAUGGACCUGUAAGGAAACUUUCAAUUACUCCCCUCCAACGGCCUCCACACUCCUGCAACCACAACGGAGUCUUCAAUGCUCUUGUUCAUAGGUUCAUGUGCUUGGAACAGGGGGGCUCUUGGGACAAAUUUAGGUCAACGCCUCCCCCUUCAAAUGAGGAAGCUGAGGCCCAAAGAAGGCAAGUGGCUUUCCUCAUGUUAGCUAACCACAGAGGUGGUCUACACAUCUGCAUUCCAGAGUCUCAGUUCAGGGCCUCUUCCUGCCUUCUUGUGGUCACUGUUGAACUUCCCUUAGCAAAACUGCAUUUGUUUCAGAUGGGAGCUGUGACAACUAUGUCUUCCCUGCCUACGUAAUGCCCCUGGCCUGUGCCAGAUCUGCUGGAGGCCCGGUAUGUGACCACCACUCUGCUGAGAAGGGGAUAAGGGUCAGCAGGGGCUGGGCUCCACGCUCCAUCCACAUUGACAGUUUUUCCAUGGCUACUUACUCUCCUUCGUAUGAGUGGUUUCCUGUCUGUCCAGAAAUAGCCAAUACCUGGAAUAAUUUUUUGGGCACAUACAGAAAACACAUGGGCACGUGGGAAUAGAGAGUGAGUUCUUCACAUAUAUAUAGGCAUAAAUCCCUUGCCUGUUCCAAAAUGACCUGCCAAACCAAGGCGCAAAUCUCCUACUUGUUAUUCUGAAACCUGGGACCAAUCCUAAUUGGAUGACCAUGCAGCACUG